AUGGAGGUGAAGGUUGAAACGAGAGCAAAGGGUGCCAUGGAUUCAUCUGGCUCCAACUUCAGACGUUUUAUUAUGGGGCGGGGCAGGGCUUCCGAUCAGUCCUGGCUUCGAACGCUAUACCAGCUGCUUCCCCUGGCACUUUCCCUGCUGUUACUUGCCGUACCAGCCUUCCGCGAUGUCGUUUUCCAUAUGGUUUCAUUCGCCUCAGAAACCCCCUCGAAUGCAAAAACGAAGGCCGAUUCUCGAUCACCAAUGGCUUUCACAGUUUUGCUGCUUGUUGUACUCCUGGAGUUGGUUACUUCUCGCGGGCUUAUGCGUUUCGGUGGUUUCCGCAGCAUUUUCUCGGGUAUUUGCAACCCCUUCUGGCUCGCAGUGGAGCUUGACUCAACCCCAAAACUAUCUGAGUCGAAAGCAGCUGUUUCGAGUCAGACCCUGAUUGUCAUUGUGCGACACAGCACGACUCGACGCCAAAACUAUUCACUCAUUGGUAGCUAUGUCGCACAAGAUUUGGCUCUAAGUGCUUGUGCGGGCAGUGAUCCAACUGUCAUCUUUGGUGGACAGAACCCUCUUGACGUGAUGAACUUCGGGUACACCAGCGUGCGUCUUCCUGUUGCAUUUGCCAUCUUCGCAUCGCUCGAAGGCGAUUGUUUCUCCAUUCUUGGCAAUAUACUGCGCAGAGGACACGGCGAGUACCAAGCUGACGAGCCUGGCUCUGGCAUUCUUCGUACCGUUCAACUUGAUGAACUUAUUGUAUCCUUUGACGACAUAUCGCCUAUCUCAUCCAUCUGUCCUGAAGUGACGGGCUUUGACCACACUAUUGACAGGGCUCUCUACUAUUACAUUUCGUUCUCAUCUAGUCUUGGACUUGACGCAGACAGAACGGGAUCCGUCAAAGCUGCCCUCAAUCAGUUUGGUUCACAUAAGGAGGCCAGUAUUCUAUCGCUUACUGGUCUGACUGUUUACUUUGCUGAUAACGCUUUUCUGUUCAUAGCCAGGCCUGGUUAUUUGGCCUUGAUCAGGUCCUGCUACAGCUAA